UUCCAAGAAUCAUCCGUCUUCCACCACCGCCGCACCGCCUCGCCGCGCCAAGAAUCCGACAGGGCUUUCCUCGUGGCCAUGGCGGCGGCGGCGACGCGCAAGCGCCCGGCGCCCGACGGCACGCACGCCGCCACUGCGGCCGGCGGCGAGAGCAAGCUGGCGCGGAUCACGCUUGGGAGCAUCUACGACUACGAGAAGCUGGAGGUGCUCGGGGAGGGCAGCUUCGGCGUGGUGGUCAAGGCGCGCCACCGCGCGACGGGCGAGGCGGUGGCCGUCAAGCGGGCCAGGGCCUCCGACCUCCGCGCGGUCCUCCGCGAGGCCGGCUGCCUGGCCGCGUGCCGCGGCCAUCCCUCGGUCGUGGGCAUCCGCGACGUCGUCGAGGACGCCGCCACCGGGGACGUGUUCCUCGUCAUGGAGUUCGUCGGCGCCAGCCUGCGCCGCCUGCAGCGGGCGGAGGCGCGGCCGCGGCUCCCCGAAGCCGGGACCCGCGCGCUAAUGCGGCAGCUCCUGCGCGGCGCGGAGCGGAUGCACCGCGCCCGGAUCAUCCACCGGGACAUCAAGCCGGACAACAUCCUCGUGGGCCCCGGCGGCGCGGUCAAGAUCUGCGACCUGGGGCUCGCCACGCCGGCGAGGCCCGAGGGGGCGGUGUAG